UACACCAGAAGGGUUGUCAGACAUCCAUCACCACAACUCAUUCCACUUCAGGUGAAAUCCAAAAGUUUUCUUAGAAUGGAAAACAGCAAUGUCAUCACAUCUGACAAAGCUACAGUUAUCAUCCAAGUAAAUCCACAGCUGGGACAAGAUACUGUUAUCAUUGAUGAUGGACAGCAGACCAGAGGAACAUAUCACAAUACAGGUCUUAAAGGAUUUUUCAAAGCACAACCAAAGGCACUGGGGACCGUACAGAUAAUGACUGGAGUGAUGCUCUUCUUACUUGGUAUUGUGCUCACUGCAAAUUUGGACAGAUAUGGAAGUAUUAUUGUCAUUAGCGGCAUCACUUACUGGGGAUCUUUCAUUUACAUCAGUACUGGGUCUUUGUCUGUUGCAGCGCAGAAUAAACUUCAUCCGUGUGUGGUGAAAGCCUCUCUUGGAAUGAACGUGAUCAGUGCCAUUACUGCAGCGAUAUCCAUUCUUCUGAUUAGCAUAGGUAUAGGACAUUUUCCAUGGUGGCAUAGUUGCUAUGACAAUAGCUACAAUAGCUACAAUAGCUACAACAGCUACAACAGCAAUUACUGUCAACAAUCUAAGACAUAUUCUCUGGGGAUCCUUGGAAUAUUGCUGGUGUUCUCCAUCCUUCAGUUCAUCAUCUCCAUCUGUAUCUCAGGAUUUGCCUGCAAAGCCACCUGCAAUACAAACUCGACAGUGGUCAAUGUGGCAUUAAAAUAGGGAUACUGAGCCACAGUGAGGAAAUCCUAUCAUCCAAAAGUUGCGAGGAAUAAUUUAUUUCCUUUAUUUUUCAUUUUUGAGAGAAUACAUAUUUUAUAAUUAUUGGAAAAUUGACCUCCAAACCCUGUUCAAACACACAUGAAGUUAAUGAAUCUAUCAAGCUAGUCUGCAGGAUUUCUUUCUUUCUUUCUAUUAUAAUGCAAACAAGAUAUGUUUUAAUAUUUACAUGUGAAAAAUAGGUCUCAAAACUGUAUUCUUAAAUGUACACUCUUAAAGGUGCAUUAAUGACCCAUAAACUGUUUAAUACAUAAAUAUGUAUUACAAACAAACCUACAAACACAAAUGAAUAAACAACCAUUCCUAAAUAUAUAUUAUAAACAAAACAACAAACACACCGGUACAUAAACACCAAUAAAUAUCAUGCAUUUAUAUACAUACACGUUAAUUUAAUAAAAAUAAAAUAAAUAAUUAGGCAUUGUGUUUUAUAUCGGUUUUGGCAUUAUGAUACAUUACACAGUUUCAGUAAAUGUCAG